UCUGAUCAGAGAUCGCGUUCGGCUUGGGAGUACAGGCGGAACGUUUGUUUGUAGGAACCAUUCGCACUGAAUUGCGAAGUGCUGCACGGAUUUAUUUAGUAAGCCCACUCAGACGUGCAUGGACGGUUUGUAUUUCAGCAAUAGCUGAUGUAUGAUUUCGGCUUUUAGCUGUUAUUGGUGAAAGGAACCUGUAAUUUACAUAGAUAUCCUUAAACCGAGAUAACGAAGUUGGCUGCUAAGCCAUUGAAUACUUCUCCUAAACGAAAGUGUUGUUCAGUUAUGUGAUGGGUGCAUGAUAAAUAUUACCAAUAAGUUUAGUCAGAUAACCGGACUGCGUGUAGAUGGAGGGACCAGACACAGAGGCAGAAGUGCGACUUGAGGUGAACCGGCAUGUCAGAACACUCUGUACAUCUGGGGAUGCCGUGGAAGUGAUCGAGACCCUCAAGUUACUGACCUGUUACCUGUGUGAUGGGUCAAACACCGAGUUCUCCGAAACAUUGAUGAAAGAGUUCAACCGGGUGCAUUAUACCAGGAUUUUAAAGUUCCUCACCAGUAACCUCCAAGCUGAUUGGCUGCAGCGGCUCAAUGCCUCUCAACACCGUGAACUUUGGGAUAGGUUUUUCCUCAGCGGUCCACCAGACCAAGCAAUGCUGGUGCUCAUGGACUGCAUUGGUACUCUCAGUCAAAGUUCGGGUCAGGAUAAGGUGGUGGACGUCCUUGAGCUGUACCUUCAGGCUGGCCGCCUGGCAGUCCUGCUGUGGACUCGGUGCCAAGGGUCCAACUCCUCAGAGUCCCCACAGCUCAGAGAGAUGCUUCUGGGACGCCUGGUGUCUUUGCCGGAUAUCACUGCCAACCACUUACAUCCACACAACAGACCUCUCUUCCUGCCAGACCACUACUACCCCCUGCUGGCCAGGGAAAUUAAUUGCACACUGGAAAAGACCUGCAGGGCACUGAGAGGUGGACAGGAUUGUUCCUUGGGUUUUGUAGCGCAGCUGCUGGGGAAAACAUGCAUACAGGGACAUAGCAAGCUGCUGUUUCGGGAGCUGGCCCCACGCCUCUGCUCCAGCACUCGCUCCGACAUGGUGUGGCAACGGGUGUGCUGGCGACUCAUGGAGAAUGUUCCGGAGCGCUGGAUGGAGAGCGUGGUCGUAGGGCUCGUGCAGGCCGUGGACGGACCAGAUGCCCUGUCCAGGAUCAUGGGGAAUCUGGUGGUGAAGAAUAAGAAGGCCCAGUUUGUGGUCACACACAAACUGCUGCUCUUACAGUACAAGUGCGAGGCCAAGAGCCGCGUCCUGAGGAGCCUUCUGGGAUACCUGGCACGGGACAGGGAGCGCCGGCCGCUCCUCGCUCAGGUGCUGCGGGCGCUGUGCCAGGCCUGGUCCAGCAGCAGUGCUGUCAAACACACCCCCCUGGAGCAGCAACUCUACUUGAGCCGCUGUCUGCUGUUAUGCGUGGGUCUGCUGGAUGACCGCGAGCUGGAGGAGCUGCGGGCAGAUUUGCGGCAAUGCAUGCUGGGAGGGAUCCAGUGCCGCCUGGACAGCGCCGUGGUGCGGAUUCGCCGGAUCGGCAUGGUGGUCGGCGAGUGCCUGAGCUCCCGGCUGGACGCCGGCGGGGCCCAGCUGAAAUUCGAGUAUGACCAUGAUGAGGAGACUAGGGACCUGCUGUCCAUGAUGGACCCCCAUGUGUCCGAGGAGGCCGUACCCUCAGAGGACACCGUCCCCGCUGACAGACCAGCGAACCGGCCUGCAGAGCAGAAGGAGAGUGCCAGGUCACCCGGGAGGCCAGGCUCACCGCUGAGCUCGUCGGCAGAGCAGGAUCCGGCGGGUGACGCGGGCUCAGGCUCAGAGCUGGACAGCGACGAUGAGCUGGCCCCCUACGACAUGUCUGCCGAUCGGGAGAUGCCCACUGCCGCUCCCCCCCGGUACCUGCGGGAUUGUUUGGAGGCCCUCAUGUCCUCUAAGGACGCCGCCCGGGUGGAGCUCAGCCUGCGGGCCGCGGAGGGCCUGGUGCGCCGGAACGUCUCGGCGGCCAGAGAGGUCGGCGUAGAGCUGAGCAAAGUGCUUGUGCACCUGGAGGAUUCGUACUGCAUUCCCGACUUCCUGGCACUACGGCGGGGAGCCAUGGUGGCCCUUGUGGUCACCGACACCGUCCCUGUAGUUGAGUUCCUCACCACCGAGUUCUACGCUGUGAAUUACAGCCUGCGGCAGCGCCUGGAUGUCCUGGAGGUGCUCGCCCUGUCAGCCCAGGAGCUAUCCCAGCCAAUCACAGAGCAGGGCCGGCCUCCCCGGGGGGCUCAGCCCACCAAUGCGGUGAUACCCCUCGCCCAGAAUGCCCCGCCUCUGCACUGGAGGCAGGUGGUGGAACAGCGCAUUCAGAGCAAGACCCGCCGUUUUGCUAAAGGUGCUGCCUCUCCGACCGUCACGGCGGCUCCCAACCGCUAUGCUCCUCUUGCUGGCUUCUUCUUCUUCCCGUUGCUGCGUAACUAUGACAGGCCGCAGGUGACCUUUGACCUCAUGGGGAGUGACCACCUGGUGCUGGGGAGGCUGGUGCACACGCUGGGCCUGCUGACGCACCUGGCGGUAAACGCACCGGUGGCCACUCAGAUGGGCAAGGCUCUACUGGACUUUGUGUGGGCUGUCCGUUACCAUAGCGACCAGGUGGUCCGGCAGGGCGUCCUCUUCGCAGUCUGUGCCGUUUUCCUCACCAUGCCUGCCCAGCACCUGCUGCCGGAGCUCAGCGAUCUCGUGCCGGAGACGAGGGCCUGGCUGGCAGGUAGGAGGGUGGCUCUCUGCUUCCUCUCUCCCCGGCAGAGCCUCAUACUGACAGUAUCUGCAGCCCUGCCAUUAAAACUCACUUUUGUUUUUCACUUGUGUGUUUCACUGUCAUCAGUAAAUGCAUCAUCAUUCACAGAAGUAGCACUCUCAUUAGUGCCUUUUGUUUUGUUCCUCUCUGUAUAUAAGAUUAUAUACAGCUCUGGAAAAAAAUGUAGAGUCCAUAUUAUUUUUUUUUAUUUGCAUUUUUAAAUCCUGGUUUAAUCCUGGUUCUGCUGGCAGAGGCUACACUGAGCAGCAGGCUGCUUCCAGGUUCAAAGUUUCUAAGACAGCAGUACAAAAGAAUAAGGUGAAGCUGGAGACACUGGGAAUGACCAAGAACCAGCCAACUAAAGGGUGGAAGUGACUCAUAGGAUGACACCAAGUGACCUUCAGAAGGAACAGGAAACAUUAAGUGCAGGUGUGAAGUGCACUGCUAGGGCAGGUCGUAUCAGGCUCCUACAAAUAGGACUGAAGUCCCAUAAAGCGAGGAAGAAGCUCUUCAUUAAUGAGAAGCAGGGAAGAGCCAGGCUGGAGUUUGCUAAAAAUAUAUAUAUAUUAUUCACAGACGCAUACCCAUAAAUUGAGAAAUGAGUGAAACAAAAAUUGUGCAUUUUUUCAAGAGCUGUAUGACUAAAGAAGUGGCAUUUUUGGGGUGGGGGGGUUGUGGGCUGAGAUCUCUCGAUGGGCCGGCCCCCGGACUGGUGACCGGCUGCCGCAGGGAGUUCCUGGCAGGCAGAAACUGCAUCAGUUGGGGAUGUCCUGCCCUCAUCAUAGGUCACAGGGGGGGAGGGGGGGUGCAGCUGUGACACGGCAUUUCUGGGAAGUAAAGUGGGGAUUUAAGGACAUCCUGUACAGUCAGGCCUUGUUAGCUGCCGGCUUAUCUUUCCCCCCAUUUCCAGGAAAAAUGCAAAUCUGUGUGAGAUGAUGCCCCUUCCAUACAAAUUCAAUUUUAGAAUGUAGUGAUGAUGUCAUGUUAGUAAUAGUGUGUGGGAUUGGUAAUGAGGUGGAUAACUGUGAUCGGUGGUUCCAGUGUCUUCCUGUCGUCCGUCCC